UGCAACUCCCAAGACGCCCUAGCGUCGGAGAGAACUGCCGGUAACCGGCGGCGACUGGGAAUCGACGUUCGAUUUCUCCUACAGAUUGAUCGUCCAUAACAAUUAUCUCUAGAUAGAUGAACCACAGAAUGACAGAGGAAGAGGAAGAGGAAGGGGAAUCACAUGAUAAGUUAUAGCAAACACAACUCAAGAAACCACACCCACCCACAAGCAAAAAUGCAACCUUUCACUUGUUCACUUCUAUCUCUUUUAUUUUUAGCCAUCUUUAACUUCACUCUCAUCUCUGCAACUUCAAGACUCCUAAUGGAAGCCAAUUCCAGCCAAAUAGAUUUCAUCAAGGCCUCAUGUGAAACCACAAGAUAUGCCGAUUUGUGCUUCAAAACCCUGUCCCCAUUUGCCAACACCAUCCAAACGAGCCCUAUGGAACUGGCCAAUGUGGCCCUGAUCGUGAGCUUGAAGAGUGCAAAAUCUGCCUCAAAAGCUGUGAAAGGACUGUCGAAAGGGGAAGGGUUGAGUAUGCGAGAUGGGCAGGCGGUGGCGGACUGUCUGGAAGACAUGAGUGAUUCAGUGGAUGAGAUGCAGAAAUCAAUGGUGGCAAUGAGGGAGUUGGAUGGUCCAGAUUUUAAGGAGAAAAUGGGGGAUGUGAAGACUUGGGUGAGUGCAGCCUUGACAGAUGAAGAUACAUGCAUGGAUGGAUUUGAAGAAAAUGGUGAUGCCAAGAUGAAGGAAACCAUCAGAGGGUAUAUACUAAAUGUUGCAGAAUUAACCAGCAAUGCUUUGGCUCUCAUUAGUAAUAUUUAUUCCACUUGAAUGCUUAUUUCCCAAAAAGCCAGACUCAUGGCUUUCUUGUAAUAUAUUUACAUAUAUAAUAUAUUUGGCUUCUU